GGUUGACGAUGUUUCGCUAUUGUAAAAGCUGUAAGUUAUCUCAAAGGGAAAGAGGUGAUAGAGUCUGCGUUGAAGAGUCAACAUAAGAUAAGAUAAGAUGUUUCUCCGCAGGGGAAAUUCAAAUUGGCACAGCAGCACUUGGGAACAAAAUACAAUAUAAGUAGAAUCAGUGACCCAUAAUGCGGAUCUGGGACAGCUUUAACAUCCCCAGCUUCGCACUGUACCAGAGGAGCAGAGGACAAGAUGCUACUGAAGAUGCCCCAGAAGCUGCUGAAGACUGCCCACUACAUCGAGCUGGGCAGCUACCAGCACUGGCCGGUGCUGAUACCCCAGAGGAUAAGGCUGUACACCUAUGAACAAAUCCCCCUCUUCCUCAAAGAAAACCCCUACAUUACAGACGGCUACAGGGCUCACCUGCCCUCCAAGCUCUGCCUGAGGAGUAUUUUCAUUCUGUCCAAUGAGACGGUGAAUAUCUGGAGCCACCUUCUGGGUUUCCUGCUCUUCUUCUCUCUGGCAGUCAACGACCUCUCCUCAGUGUUGCCAGCCUCUGGAGCAAACAGAGAGGACUAUGUCAUCUACGCUAUAGGGCUGUUCUGCUUCCAGGUGUGCAUGUUGUGUUCUGUGGGGUAUCACCUGUUCUCGUGCCACCGAUCCGAGAAGACUUGCCGUCGCUGGCUGGCGUUGGACUACGCAGGCAUCUCUGUUGGUAUCCUGGGCUGUUAUGUACCUGGGAUCUUCUACGCUUUCUACUGUAAUGCUUUCUGGCGACAGGUCUACCUCCUGACAGUGCUGUCCCUGAUCCUGGCCGUCUUCUGCGCUCAGGUCCACCCCCGUUACCUCAGCAAUGACUGGCGGCGAAUACGGAUGAUGAUCUUCUGCUGUGUGGCUGGCAUCAGUGUGAUUCCUGCGUGCCACUGGGUCUGGCUAAAUGGAGGAUUCACCUCUGACGCUGUACAGCUGUUCCUGCCUCGUGUGAUAGUGAUGUACCUGAUAGCUGGAUUUGCCUUCCUGUUCUACGUCACCAAGAUCCCUGAACGUUAUUUCCCUGGCCAGCUGAACUACCUGGGUGCCAGCCACCAGGUGUGGCAUAUACUGGUGGUGGUAAUGUUUUACUGGUGGCAUCAGACAGCUGUACACAUCAUGCGCUUCAGGCACAGUCAGGCCUGCCCGACGCGGACCAGCAGUAGCUAAGUGAAGCCGAUCAAAUAAUGCUAUAGGAAGGCAAUCAGUUGCAGGCUAAUAAUUAUUAGCAGACAUCAGUGAGUCUCUCUGUGUUAAUAUUCUACGUAAAGAUUUUUUAACCACAAACUACCAGACACUCCUUACUGUUAGCUUCUAAGGUAGAGAGGAGAGUCUGACCGUAGCUGUUAGCUUUCACUGAGCCGUCUGUUACUGUGUGGCUGCUUGUAAACUGGCCAACUGUUAAAGGCAGUAUAUACUGUCUCCAACGGUAGAUAUCAGCAAAGGGUGUCUAGGAGCUACCGUAAAUCUUAAAUUCUUUUAACAAAAGGUGAACUAAAAUAAAGCGUGAAACCCUCGAUGCAUGACGCAGGAGUUAAAAUGUAUUCAUAGAAACAGGCUACGUUUUUAAUUGGUGAUCAUGUUAUCUCUCUUGGUUGGUUUAGAUUGUGAUUUUUGUUUGUACAGAUGUUUUAAACUAUAAGGAUUCUUUUGAAUCAAACAUAAUAGCCCACUUGAACAUUGACUUUUUGUACAUCUAAAUUUGUUUUAUCUGUCAGUUCUUACAAGAAUAGGUUAUGAGAAAUGUCUUGGUGAAAGGUGGAAAGCACAAGGAGAAAAAACAUGACGACUAGAAAUUCAACAUUAGGACACUCUGUUGCUUGUGUCUUGGAGAAACAAUGUCUCAAUACCUCGAGUAUUUGAAGCUAUUGAACAAAUAAUUAAUGGUCAGUCAAUCUGCAAUAUCUAGAAAAGAAAAACUGCAGGAACCUUACUUAAGCUGCAGUGCAUUGUGUUCUUAGCACUGCUUGAUUUGUGUCUUUUUUUUCUUCUUUUGUAUAUUUUUUUUUUAUUUUGUGUGUACUUUUUUUGUCUUUGGAAUAAAUAAGGAGGCAGUUUAGAGGAAAAAAAAAAAAAAAAAACUUUAACUCUUUACACUAGCCAAAGCCAGUAUCUCAAUUUGGACUGCACUAGGCUAGGCAAGGUGUCAAAUUAGCCUAAAUAUACUCAUUAUCGCCAAUGUGUUGAGUUUUCCUAAUUUGCCUAUUGCAAAACAUCAUUAUUGUCUAUUUUAUGCUACUGUUUAUAUAAGGCCAGUGUAAAGUGUUACAGUUACCUUUCUUUCCACAGGACACUUUGGGACAGUUACAAAUAUUUAUGUUUUGUUUCAUGUUUUGUGUUGUUUUUUUUUUUACAUAAUUUCAAUCAUGUGUGUGCUUAAUUUGCCUUAUUAUGUUUGCGUAUUUGUACUGUAUGCACACUUACUGUUACAAUCUGUUUUUGGUUGGCCAUAAACCAAAAAAAUUAUCAAACUCAGACCAAUAUGAUCUUUGCUGUUACACCACAAUGCCAGUAUGUUACCCCCCCACCCAUUUUUAGAUAAUAUAUAAUAAUAUUUAGAACAAGUUAUGAAAUUAAGUUGCUGCAGAGCUGGAAAAUACACUGUACAGGUGCUGAAAGAAGUGACUUUAUUUUGCCUUUAUGAGAGUGUUUAUAUUUUUCAACGUGACCCUGUGAUUAUCAUAAACUGCUUUAUCUUUUUUUUUGAAUGAGCUCAUGAUUGUUUCA